AUGGCAGCAGCGAUUGGCUCCGUCAGCGGCGACGUUGGUGGCGUGGCUCCGUCAGCGGCGACGUUGGUGGCGGUGAGAGCGCAGGCGGCGAUGGCAGCAGCGAUUGGCUCCGUCAGCGGCGACGUUGGUGGCGGUGAGAGCGCAGGCGGCGAUGGCUGCAGCGAUGAAACCCUGAUGCAAUUCAGGCCACUGCAGCGCAAGAAACAAAGCGUCAACGAAAAGCUCAGUACCGCAACGGGACCUCCGAUGAAGCUUGAACCUGACGUGAAGAGACGCAAAACCAGCUAA